AGAGAGAGAGAGAGAGGAGGCUUCUCGUGAAGCUGCAGCGACUCUUCGAAGACGAAGAGAGUUUCAUGGAGGGGGAAGAGGGAGAGAGAGAGCAGAUCGUUCAUCAGCAUAUAAGUUAAGUAGCUUUCUCUCUCUACCCCUGCAGCUCUCUCUCUCUCUCUCUAUGGAGUUCCUCUCUUUCUCGUUCCCACAUUCUUUGCUUCUUGCCACGAGAUCCAAUCUAGUCGUCAGCUAGUCCGCGACCUCUCGCAUUGCGCGAAAGACACUGCCAGAAGGCGGGAUCUAGCGAGAUACAGGGCGAAGCGACGCGGCUUGCGGUUUCUCCGAGCUCGAGGCUGCGGGCGGCGAUGUCGAGUGCGGGCAAGGCGGCCGGGGAUGGCACCGGCGUUGACUCGCUCGCGGCGCGUUUCGCGGGCUCGGCGAGCUGCGAGGUGAACAAGCCUGACUACAGGGAGCUCGAUCUAGGCUCGCCUGUUUCGCCGCUGACGGCUCGGAAAUCGAUUGGCGGCGGCGCGACCACCACGGUUACCACCUCGAGCAGUUCCUCGAGUUCUUCUGGCUCGGUCUCGGGCAAGACGAGCGCGAACGCUUCGAGCGACGCGGAGACUCUCCAAUCGGCGCCGUCGCGGACGCCGAGGCGAGGUCAUCGGCGAUCUGCCUCCGCCGGGGCUCCGUUGAUCCACUCGAGCAGGAGUUUGACCCCGAAUUCAAGUGCCAGUGGCAGCAGCAUUACGUCGUCGAAUCAUCACGCGAAUGUAGUGGGUUUGAGCGGCAACAUUUGUCCGUCGGGGAAGAUUUCGAAACCGAAUCUCACCAAUGCGAACGGUAACAGAAUGGCCACGUUGAGCUCUGGGAGCGGAAACUACGGCCACGGAAGCAUAAUGCGUGGCGGUGCUAGCACUCCAAAGACGAGUAAUGGAAGUGUAGCAGAGACGACUACUGGAAAAUCUGUCGGCGAAUCUGUUGUUAAGAGAGGAAUGGCGAGUUUAGAUCCAGAGGAUGUGAAAAACGCAGGGAACGAACUGUACAGAAAAGGGAAAUUCGAAGAUGCUUUGUUAUUGUACGACAGGGCCAUAGCGAUUUCGCCUGAUAACGCGUCGUAUAGAAGUAAUCGUGCCGCGGCAUUGACGGCUUUAGGGAGGUUGGGUGAGGCGGUGACGGAGUGCGAGGAAGCCGUGAGGCUGGAGCCUGGUCAUGGAAGGGCUCGUCAGAGAUUAGCUUCUCUUUAUCUAAGGCUAGGACAGGUUGAAAAUGCUCGACAUCAUCUCUGUUAUCCUGGCCAGCAGCCUGACCCAUGUGAGUUGAGUAAGCUGCAAUCACUGGAAAAGCAUCUGAACCUUUGCAUCGAAUCCAGAAAAAUUGGAGACUGGAAAAAUGCAGUCAAGGAAUCUGAUGCGGUAAUGGAAGCAGGAGCUAAAUCUUCUCCUCUGGUUCUUGCUUGUAAAGCAGAAGCCCUGUUAAAGCUCCAUAAACUUCAAGAUGCAGAGACGAGCCUAAAAGCUAUCUCCAAUUUGCCUUUCUACUCACAAAGUAAGUUCUGUGGCAUGUUUGCUGAAGCAUAUGUGCUCUAUGUUCAGUCCCAGGUUGACAUGGCAAUGGGAAGGUUUGACAAUGCAGUCGCAGCAGUGGAGAAAGCUGGACGUAUUGAUUACAGCAAUGCGGACAUUGCAUUGCUGCUGAGUAAUGUCAAAAUGGUAGCCAAUGCUCGUGCUCGUGGUCAUGAUCUUUUCAACUCUGGAAGAUUUGACGAGGCCAUUGCAGCUUAUGGGGAAGGCCUCAAAUAUGAUAACUGCAAUUCGGUUCUUUAUUGCAACAGAGCUGUUUGUUGGUCUAAGCUUGGACUGUGGGACAAAUCCAUUGAAGACUGCAACCAAGCUCUCAUGAUUCAACCAUAUUACACCAAGGCACUACUUCGGAGGGCUGUCUCAAAUGGAAAGCUUGGUCGGUGGGAAGAAGCCAUCAGAGACUAUGAAGUUCUGCGAAGAGAACGUCCAGGGGACAGUGAGAUUGCUGAAUCUUUACGGCGUGCACGGGUUGCAUUAAUGGGAUCUCAACAUGAAUGUCGUAAUCUGAAACCUGGUUUAAAUUAGUUGGUUUGUCUAAAUUAAGUCCAAAGCUGCAAUGCCAUUCCCUGGUGCAGAACUGAUGUUGCUUAUGCAUGCGUUAAUCUGACCAUUGCCUUGAUAUGCUGUCAUAAUUUUAGGAAUGCACAUGCAAAUCAUCAGUUCUCGUCCAAUGGAUCAUGAAAGGCUGUGGAUUUAGCCGUGUCAGAAGCGGCGAAUGCCCAGAUCACGCCCAGAUCGUCCUAAGCAGUCGGCUUUUGGAGGGCCCUCAGGCACUGGAAUUUUACUGUGACAUAAUCAGCUCCUUUAUUAUAUACUUAGGGAACCCUUAGAUAAAAUUCAGCUCCUAAAUUCACGAAUUGUGAAAUAACUCGAUUCUUUUCGCGAAGAACUUUAUCUCUUGAUUCAUAUUCAUCCUCAAUUCUACAGGUUAAUCUUUAGCCCU